AUGGGCCGCACGGACAAACCUGAACGCAUGCGGCACGCUGUGCAUUCGCGGCUCGGGGGCUUCCUAAAACCUACCACGCUCACCUCAAACCUCUCCACCACAACAACACCUUCCUCACCGCCCGCCUCCUCUCCUCCCUUCCUCCCCAAUCCCUCCGCCUCCCAUCCCUCCAUCCUCUGUUGUCGGCCGAUGCUGCCGCCAAUAGAGCGUCUCCAUCCCCUCGCCCUUCCCGAGAACCUCCUGCCUGCCUCUGAGCGUCCGCCGCCGCCGCCGCCGCGUCGUCUCUCCUCUGCAGACUCCACCGCCAGCAAUGCCCGCCCAGUGAUCUCGCAGCGGCACCGCACCGCCUCCUCUCCCGAGCGGCCUUCUUCUUCUCUUUCCAACUUCUCAGACUCCUCCUCCGGCCACUACUACCGAGGUCCAUCUUCCGCACGUGCACACAGGCGCAACCUCGCGCACAUCAAGAACUCCGUCACCGCAAACCACUCUGCCAUCGAGCCUCCUCCGCCCCGCGUCUCCUCUCGCAAAUCUUAUGUUCUCCACGAUCUCCCCGCUCUGUCUACCAAAAAUUCCCCGACGCUCUCGUUCCCAGACAUCCCACUGCCACCACCGCCCCCUGAGCGCAAACGCGACUCGAGCGCCGUCCGAUUCUCCCGAUCAACCCCCGAUCUCCAUGCCCUCUUUCGUGCUCAGUCAAAAUCGACCGAUCCCCCCUCAACCGGCGACUCCGGUCUCUCUCUCACAUCUUCGACCUCCUCCUCAAUCACCAACGGAAGCAACAACACCUCUGCUGCCGCUGCCACCACAAGCACCGCUGCAAGCAUACCAACCCUAAAAUCAAAGCGCUCGUUCCCACGCCUACGUCAGCUCGCCCGUCGCGCCGUCUCGUCGGGUACGUCCACAAAGCGCAUCUCCCGCUCAGUUUCUCCGCUCUAUAGGAACCCAGAGUACGGCUUGCAGUCAAACAUCGAGCUUGUCCCACCACUGCCCGACAAAUUUCCGCGAAACGAUGCCUCGGUAGACACCUCUGUUUCGAGCAACGCGUCAACAGGUGAUCGCACUCCCGACACUCCUAUCACCCCCUCUUCCGUCAUACUCAGACCUUCCACACCAGUCUCCGACAAUACCUCAGUGACUGUUUCGGCUGCCCCGAACAUUGACCCUGUAGCCACUGCUCCAGAUCAUGUUUCGACUGACAACGACCCCGAGAGCGAAAAACAGCUUCCUGCUUUGCCGUCACCGUCACCUCCCCCGUCGCCUUCACAGUCAAUUGCAUCUCCCGACAUAUUCUACACACCCCGAAAUUCAGUUCAGCGACGUUCACUACUACCUGAACCAUCUCAAUUUGCCUCGCACGCCGAUGAUCUCGCUUUCACAAUACCUCCUCGCUCUCAGACAUAUGAUCCCUCGUUCUCGACUCACCAGCUGCCUGCAGAUCAUAUGGCAGCCCAAGUAUCCGCUCGCUUAGCACAAACUGAACCGGAGAGUCACGAUGUGUCUCGUAGUGUUUCAAGGAGCACGGUUCAGACGACCGCAAGUGCUGCUUCAAGCACUGGAUCAUCUGCAGAGUCAAAACGCAGCUAUAAGCGCGUACGCUUGAUCCGUGAGCUGAUUGAUACCGAGCAGGCAUACUUGCAAGAUCUCGACGUUCUCGACAAGUAUUACAGACAAAGUGCGAGUGGACGCUCGUUCUUUAGCAAGGACGACAUCAAGGUCAUUUUUGGAAAUUUAUCAGCGGUAAUCGACUUCACCAGCAUCUUCAGCGUCAGUCUGCGAACGGCGGCGUCGGUGGUCUAUAGCUCGAAAUCACAAGACUCGGAUUCGGUGGACGGGUCUGCCUUGGAUGAGCGAGACUCGUUCAUUGGCGAGACUUUUCUACAGGCUAUCCCACAACUCGAGCAGGUUUACACUGCAUACAUUCACAAUCAGCAACUUGCAGUCAAUCGCCUUCACAAAAUCACAUCAUCAUCGUCUUCGUCAUAUCAUCGCUGGGAAGACUCGUGCCGCAAAGCGUCAUCGUCAAAAACCAAUGCUUGGAGUUUGGAAUCGCUGCUAGUGAAACCAGUCCAGCGACUCUUGAAGUAUCCGAUGCUCCUGAAAUCGCUCGCCGAGCUCACUCCAAGCAGUCAUCCAGAUAAGCAAGCGCUCAUUCAGGCUGCAGAAAGCAUAGCCUCGUGUGCAGACAGGAUCAACGAACAAAGCCGACGGGUCCAUCCCAGCGCGUCGGAGCCGGAUCUGCGAGGAAAAUCCUCGAGUUCUCGAAAGGGGCUUGCUCGGUCGACCGAAAAGCUGAAGUUCACGGUUGGCCGUACAGGAUCUGAUAAAUCAGCCUCUUCCUCGACUCCCCAGCUCCAUCACCGAUCUACGAGCUCAGUUACAAGCAUAGCGUCCUCUCAAUCAGCUUCGACAUCAACUACGGCCGUUGCUGCGCUUACUCCGGUUCAAACAGCAUCGUCAUCGGCCACAUCGACCCCCGUUAUCAAUCAAGGUCCGGUAGAAUCGGUCGAUAAAAACUACGACGCCAUUGUCGAUCGAUUCCGUCGGCGUCAUUUUGAGCUUCGGGUAGUGAUUGAGUCUUUUGCUGGCGCAGUCAAUGCUACUACUGCAGCGCUGAACAAGAUGUAUACUUUUGGCGCAAGUUUGGAGGACUAUGCUCGGUUGCCUGAGUCAAAGACAGUCACUCCUCCUCAGAGUCCGCGAGUUGGCGUUUCGUCCCCCUCCUUGAGCAGCCGAUCUCGAUCUACCGCUAAUCUCCGCUCGGCAAAGACUACGGCUGUGCCUUAUGCACAUGCCGACAAGUUCUCGAGUUUCAAGAAUUCGGCCCAGGAAGUGCGUGACCACGAGCUUCCUCGGUUCCGCGCUGCGGUGAUGACCCACGUUCUUUCUCCACUCGAGCAGAUUCUCGACCUUUUCGAUGGACCGAUCAAUCAGGCGAUGGCGCAGCGGGACCGCAGAGUACCAGACUACAAGCGAUAUCUUCAUUACAGUGAGCGCGGUCUCACUCCGGCCAAGCACGCAAUCAUGCUCGCGAACAAUUUCAAGGAAAUUAACUCGCAGCUUGUGACUGAGAUCCCAAUGUUCCUGAAGAUGGUUGAUGAUAUGGUUCGGGCGGUCACCCUCAACUGGGUCGAUAUACUGGCUCGGUGGAACUUGGUCUAUGCGCGCAGAAUCCGGAUGCAUACAUCCAAGGAUCUGGAACGACAUCGCGGGGAUGUCUCUACUGGUAGCGGGCAAUCCAGCUUGGCGACCGAAGACAUUGAGAUGACGUUUGCACUCAGGUACUCAAAAGUCGAGCAGUCUCUCGCGGCGCUUAAGUGCUGUAAACCAUUGCAACUACAUCAAACUAAACCUGCUGCCGUGCAACGGCCCGGAAAGCUGAGAUAG